AGUUCAUGAGAAGCAAAGAUACAGACCAUUUGAAUUGUUCAUACCCUCUCUGUUUUAGAAUUGGGAAAAGCUUCAACACUGUCCACAACCACGUAUUCCUCAUCACUCAGCAUUUGUACACCUGCCAAAUUCAUCAAACACAUUAGACUGAAUUGACGAAGAAGAACUACAUAUAAAGAACAAACUAGUUACCAUCCGUUUCAGAUAAACUUGCAUUGCUCUCAUUGCCUUUCUCCAAAGAGGAGGGUUCAACAGCCUUUAAUGAUGAAUCAUCGUCAUCACUCUCUCCAUGUAUAAGAAAGUUGAGCUUAUGAACAUGUACUAAGGCUAUAAUCAUAAGAGUGAGUUAGUAAUAGUAUACGUACCAUCGAAAGAUGAAUAUCCAAUGAACCCGUCGUUAUAGAGAGCGUAGCUGUAGUAAACUGGCAGUUUCCUACGAGGUCGGAUCAAAUACGGUAAAGUAGUUCCUGCAAAAUAUCAAUCAAGAUGCGCAAAUGUUUCGGAUCAAAAACUCAGAACAUGAAACAGGAAGAAACAAAAGGAGAAAAGAAAAAGCCACGACGAGUGAGCUUAUCCGACAUGUCAUGGAGCUAAUAGUGGUUCGAUGUUUGCCAUGUCCUGACCAGGAACCAAGCUACCUUGAUUCAGAAUGGUACGUGCGUUAGAUUCUUUAAAAAAAAUUCUUGGAUAGCUAAUGGUUACAAUAAAAAUCAAUACGAACAUGGCAUCUAAUGUGUUUUUUUUUGUAAAUCCAACAACGUUCAAUAGUAAAACUAUAUUAAAUUCAAACAUAUCUGUGUCUUUCUAAUUUUAGGGGAAGAAUCAAAGAGAGAAAAGAGAGGGAGUCAAAGUAAUGACACAUUUGGAAACUAUAGGCUCUUAUUAGAAGAAGUUACAAACCCUCAUUAUUGUUUUUUUCAAGAAAAAAAUUAGUUAAUUAAACAAAUAAACGAUUUUAAUAAGCUAAAAAUAACACAUGGGUUGUGUUGUAUAAAACAUAACUCUGUGGCUCUUGUGAUUUAGUUGUCCUCUUCUCUAAAACAUUUUCAACAAAGAAAACGAUAAUAAGAGAGAAGAGGUAGUAAAAAAGAUCAGAAUCUUUACCAUUUUAAAAACAAAUGGCGACCAAAGCCAUCUUCUUCUUUGUCUCGGCCGUGUGCCUGUCCUCUCUCGCCGGCGUUGCCAACGCUGACGCCGAUGACUUUGACAGUUUCCAAAUCCAGGGUUCGGUUUACUGUGACACUUGCCGUGUCCAAUUCGUUACCCGCCUCAGCCAAUUCCUAGAAGGUGCGAAAGUGAAGCUAGAGUGCAGGAGUAGAACAAACGGAACUGUAACGUUGACUAAAGAAGCCGUGACGGACAAAUCAGGAAGCUACAAAAUGGAAGUCACCGGUGACCACGAGGAGGAAGUCUGCGAGCUCGUGCUCCUCCACUCACCGGACAGUGGUUGCAGUGACGUUAGCACAGAGGCUUACCUACGUAACGCCGCUAAGGUUAGUCUGACCGCGAACGACGGUAUCGUCUCACACGAGACACGUAUCGUUAACCCCCUUGGUUUCAUGGUUAAAACGCCGUUAGCUGAUUGUCCCGCCGCAUUUAAGGAGCUUGGAAUCGUCCCUGACGUCAUCUUCUGAAUAUGAUGACGACUUGUACCACUUCAAGAUCGUUAUUUAACUGUCAUCUAUUUUUGCUUUCUUGUAUACAAAAAACGUAAUUUGAUCAAAAUACAAAAAUGCGGCAAUUCUAUAUUUA